GGAAUUUCAUAUGUGUGUCCUACUGUUAGAAGAUACUCACGACCAUGGCUGCCUCCCAUCUUUUUGAGGAGUUUCGCACUCGCGGGGAGGGGCAUCCCGACACGAAAGAUAAAUGGUACAUUGUCGCGGCAACUUCAAUGGCAGCUGCAGGGGCUGGUCCAGAUGUGGCGGAGCUCUAUCAGACGGCGAUAAAGGGCACCACCUCUGCUGAGGCGAAGCAUAUCCAAAGACGAUUGAAAGAAGCCAUUCUAAAGACGAGCAUCCUCUUCGGAAUCCCUAAGUCAUUGCAGGCUCUACUGCCAUUGUUCUCUACAUUGAAAGAGGAUGAGAUUGACCAUUAUGGACCACGAACCGAAGCGUUGCGGAAAGGCGAAACAGACGCUGAGAGACGCGAGCGCGGCCGUCGCUACUUUGACAUCCUCUGGACCUCUGGAGCAGCGCAAGCAAACAGAGAAAAGAACUUCAAAUAUCAACCUGAUCUUUACCUGUUGAACUUGGAAACCAUCUACGAGUCAUGGCUCAGUGAAGAUACCAUCCUGAGCCCGGUGGAAACUCAAAUGUGUACCACCGCGGCGUUGAUUUGCUCCGGAUCUCCUCAGCAGGCGAUGUGGCACACGCGAGGAAUCAUAAGACAUGGGGGGAAUCUUGACAUGGCGCGUUUCGCCCAAGAUUUGGCCCUCAAGGUUGGAAAUGCAUACGGAUGCAGCGUUGGCUCGAUUGUCAAAGUGGACGAUAUUGACUUUGAUGAUGCGACGCCUCAUUGAAGGCUGAAUCUAGUAUGUUUCCUAAUCAGUGUCUGAGAGGCACUGAAGAUAUUGAACAGAAUUUUCUGUCCGUAUAGUAGACUAUCUUAGUUGUUACUGUACACAAUCAAAUCACCCUUGAU